CUCUCCAGGUGCCGAAUCGCAGAUCGGAAAGGCAUGUAUUUGCACUCCUAAGCACAAGUGCCCUCUCGCCAACGCCCGUCGGGUCUCAUGAGAUCCAUGUGCCGCAUCUUGUUUGACUUAUCUCUACUGUACUGUACCUAUUGCAUCACCAUCUACGAUAUCACAUUGGAUCAUCCAUUACUCGUGCUAGUACCUUCAAAGCCAUGGAUACUUGCCGUAGUGCCCAAAGUAGUUCUCAGUCACACCAAGCGUGAUGCUGUAAAAGAGAAAAAGCAAGAGGACCAAAAAGAGGGUGUCGAGGCCGCAGCCCUUGUGCAACCUCAAGCUGAGAUACUCGCCUCUUCUCCCUCCGUAGGUUGGGCAGUCCCAAGGCAAGGGCACCUGUAUCAUUGGUCCCUCCGCAUCUGCUGGAGGUCAGUCACUUUGUCCGGAAAUCUUCUUCCCUGGGCCGCGGCCAGUGGCUUGUUUCCUCUCUCUGGACAGCCUCGCCACCAUCUUUCACCACUUGAUCCCGCCUCGCUCGGCCGCUCUUUUUAUUGUGAGGAUCCCGGGCCUUUGCCACAUCUACUAGCCUUGCUCACCAACUUAUACUCGACUUCACUACAGCCCGCCUCCCACGGUACUACCGUGCUUAGUGUCUUUGUACUUGUAAGUGUAAGUAGGGUCUUGGUAGCUCUCUGUGCUACCAACACUGAGCUGUACAUCCAACUGACGAGGCGGACGGGCUGCGGCAACAAGAUCGUCAGCCCAGCUAUCUUAUCCGCUGUUCGUGCUACUGCUGCGAGGUUAGGUGCUAAGGUCUGGUACUAGGCAAUCUAUCUGUGCUGCCCAUAGCUGCGCUUGCAACGCGCCUUCACCGGCUUCUGCAGAGAACUCGGGUUAGUACAUGCCAUCCCUACCCAAAAGUUUUCUUAAAAAAAAUCAAAAAAAAUCAAGGAAAACCCAAGACUCAGCUAAUGCAACCGCCGUCUUGCAGUAACACUCCAGUUCUUCUUGUUAGUGACAGAACUGUUUUCUUCUUCUCCUCGCUGUUUUAUUGCGUCUUCUUCUUGUCCGUGGUUCUCUCAUGGAAUCGACCAGCUGCCGCGAUUGCUAGAGACGAAGCUCGCGCGGGCCGCC